GUUCAAGUGUUUCUGAGAAACUGGGUCGUUUAUAAGAAACUCCUACAUGCAAGUGAUAGAGGGUGGGGCAAACAGGAAGCCAAAAAGGGAGAGAGAAAGUCUUUUUUGAAAAGGAAACUGAAAGAAAGAGGGCAAGACUAUUUAAGAGCUAGAGCUGCACUGGGCAGUCAGCUUCUCAGCUCCUGGGCGUGACCAUUGGCCACUUCUGCAGUGUCUCCUGCCCCCUGCCUUGUGUGGACCACCGAGCAAAUCUGCCAGCACCCCAACCAGCUGUGAACGUUGUCCCAGAAGAGGCAGAGAUGCCCAACAGCGAGCAGGGCUGUGGGUCCCCCCUGGAGCUGUUCCACAGGAUUGCUGCUCAGGGGGAGCUCGUAAGGGGCCUCAAAGCCAGAAACGCAGCCAAGGAUGAAAUUGAUUUGGCAGUGAAGAUGUUGUUAUCCCUAAAAACGAGCUACAAAGCUGCCACAGGGGAAGAUUACAACAUGGACUGUCCUCCAAGGGACCCGGCACCCGAGAGUGGUGAGGGCCUGGCUGCCACCGACGCAGACGAGGACUUUGUGGACCCCUGGACAGUGCAGACAAGCAGUGCCAAAGGUGUUGACUAUGACAAGCUCAUUGUUCGAUUCGGAAGCAGUAAAAUUGACAAGGAGCUGGUAAACCGAAUAGAGAGAGUCACGGGCCAGAGACCACACCGCUUCCUGCGCAGAGGAAUCUUCUUCUCACACAGAGACAUGCAUCAGAUCCUGGAUGCCUACGAAAACAAGAAGCCAUUCUAUCUGUACACGGGCAGGGGCCCCUCCUCCGAAGCCAUGCACGUGGGUCACCUCAUCCCAUUCAUCUUCACCAAGUGGCUGCAGGAUGUGUUCAACGUGCCCUUGGUCAUCCAGAUGACCGAUGACGAGAAGUACCUGUGGAAGGACCUGACCCUGGAGCAGGCCUACGGCUACGCCGUGGAGAACGCCAAGGACAUCAUUGCCUGCGGCUUUGACAUCAGCAAGACCUUCAUCUUCUCUGACCUUGACUACAUGGGGAUGAGCCCAGGCUUCUACAAGAACGUGGUGAAGAUCCAGAAGCACGUCACCUUCAACCAAGUGAAAGGCAUUUUCGGCUUCACCGACAGUGACUGCAUUGGGAAGAUCAGUUUUCCUGCCAUCCAGGCCGCUCCCUCCUUCAGCAACUCAUUCCCUCAGAUCUUCCGAGACCGGACAGACGUCCAGUGCCUCAUCCCGUGUGCCAUCGACCAGGACCCAUACUUCAGGAUGACCAGGGACGUGGCCCCCAGGAUCGGCUACCCCAAGCCAGCCCUCUUGCACUCGACCUUCUUCCCUGCCCUGCAGGGGGCCCAGACCAAGAUGAGUGCCAGCGACCCCAACUCCUCCAUCUUCCUCACAGACACGGCCAAGCAGAUCAAGACCAAGGUCAACAAGCACGCCUUCUCCGGAGGCAGGGACACGGUUGAGGAGCACCGGCAGUUUGGGGGCAACUGCGAUGUGGACGUGUCCUUCAUGUACCUGACCUUCUUCCUGGAGGAUGACGACAAGCUGGAGCAGAUCAGGAAGGACUACACGAGUGGGGCCAUGCUCACCGGCGAGCUCAAGCAGGAGCUCAUCGAAGUCCUGCAGCCCUUGAUCGCCGAGCACCAGGCCCGGCGCAAGGAGGUCACUGACGAGAUUGUGAAAGAGUUCAUGACCCCCCGGAAGCUGUUCUACGACUUUCAGUAACGCUCCCUUUCUCUGUGCUCACUCAGAGAUGUAAUUUACCCGUAAUCCCAGCUCAGUCGAAUCAGCACUCCCCCUAGGCUUUAUCAAACGGUAAUUACGGGCCCGGGUCUGUAAAUUCUGUGUUUGUCUCAAUCCUGUUUCUUCCCCUGAACAUCAUUCCAUCCCCUGUGGGUAAUUGGGUGCUGGGUAAUAUCAUGUGGUCACACAGACAAGUCCAGCUGGAGUUCCUCCCACAAAGCAGCACCUAAGUGCUUUGAAACGUUAACAUACAGAAGCUUAAUGGGCACAAGAGGCAUUUCAGCUCAUGCCCCGCUCCCACCUUAGUACUGAAAAGGAAGUGCUGGCCAAAGGCUUUGCUAAACUUAAUUCUGAGAUCUCACAGCUUAAAAGCUACCUUUAACGUUUCUGAGUAUUGGCCAGAGUGGGCCAAUUUUUACUAAAUCGAGUCUUUGUGGGUGAAACUUCCCAGUUAACUUACUAAACUCCAGGCCAUGCAUGUACUGUGCUCAAGAAGUGACACUCCUUUCCUUGAGCAAACUAACACUCUGUCCACCGAGUAAUCCUAGACACUCCAUCCUGAGAACCAAUGACUGCUCCAUUCUGACCCAGCCGGACGCUGAGGCCAGUCUGUUGCUUUGCAGAUCCUUUUGUUUUGACACCUGACUGGCGUGGAGGUCUGUCUGCACAGAGCACGCCCUGCCUGUGUCCCCCGACAGGCAGACGUAGCUAGAUAGCGUCCAGCAGCCCUCAAGGCCUCGGCCAUGUGUCUGUGGGAGGCCUACUUGAUCAAGCACCCUGUGUAGUUUUGGAAAAGUGAAGACCUAUCUUAGGGAAAGCUCUUGGUCCAAGUAUCUGUCCUUUCGGAGGCACAGGGUCCAUUCCUGGGUGCCCUACUCUGGUCUUUCUCAUGACAAUAAACUUCCUCUGGUCCCACCCA